CAGAGGACAGUCACGCAGCGAACCAGACGUCCAGACGUGCGUCUGGCUGUACGCGCGGGCGAAGCGAGGAACCUAUCGACAACGACCAGUUUCAGUCUCCCUUCCUCAGUUCCCCUCCCCCGAUUCCUCCCAAACCUAGCACCUAGCGGCCGGCGCCGCGGCGGCGGCGGCGGAUCCAGGUCCAGCCGGCCCUCUCCUUCCCUCCCCUCGGCGGAUCCAGAUCCAGUACUGCCACUCCGCCCCUUCCCUCCCCGAACUGUCUCCUACUCUCCUUCUCCUAUGCCUCCGAGUGCAAGAUCCGGCCAGCUUCCGGUGCUCUCUCGACGGCUCCACUGCUGACCGUCUCGGCGUGUCCUCCAGCAGACCAGCACUGCAGCACAGCUCCAGUGCUCCACCAAGAUGAAGAAGAAAGAUGUUAGCUUGUUUGAAUUGUGGGACAAAUCUUCAAAGGCAAGGAAAAUAAGUUCUGCAUCACACCAAGUGCUUUUUCCGUUGAGGUUGAGAGCAACCUACAGCUAGCACUAGUGCAUACCAUGGCGCAGAGGCACAAGCGGCUCUAUCCAUAGAGACAAUAUUUCGAUCAUUUGAGUUUGUUUUCAUGGCACACUUGAUGCAAGAAAUAUUUGGAUACACAGAUGAGUUGUGUAGAGCUUUGCAAAAGCAAGACGAAGAUAUUGUUCAUGUUAUUGAGCUUGUUGCUGACACAAAGUAUUACUUGGAGGCCUUGAGGACCGAUGCUGGAUGGGAUGAUUUUCUCACAAAGGUCACAUCUUUUUGUACAAAGCAUAAGAUUAAAGUAGUUGAUAUGGAGGGUCCUUACUUUUCCGUUGGCCGGCCUAGAAGGGGUUUAUGUAAUGGUCCGACCAAUUACCACCGCUUCAAGGUUGAUAUGUUUGUGGGUGUCAUUGAUAGGCAAAUCAAUGAGCUGAAUGGCAGAUUUGAUGAGGUAAACACGGAGCUACUUUCUUGCAUGGCAGCAUUUUGUCGACUUCAUCUAUUUGCUGCCUAUGACCAAGAGAAGUUAGUUUGGCUUGCUACAAAGUUUUAUGCUUCUGAUUUUACAAGGGAUGAACUGGCAAGACUUCCAUGGCAACUAAACAUGUAUGCUACUAAUGUGCGUAGAGAUGAAAGGUUCAAAACCCUGAAAAAUCUGUGUCAACUUUUAGUUAUGCUUGUUGAGACAAACAAGCAUGAACAAUAUCAUAUUGUUUACGAGCUUCUUAAGUUGGUAUUGAUUCUGCCAGUAGCUACUGCUAGUGUUGAAAGGGUAUUCUCUUCAAUGAGCUAUGUGAAGAAUAAGCUAUGGAACAAAAUAGGUGAUGAUUAUUUGAACAAUUGUUUGGUUACAUUCGGUGAGAGAAUUUUUCAAUCAAGUGAAGGAUGAAGAUGUCAUCAAUCUGUUCCAAAAAGGCGACCGCCGAGUUAUAUUGUAAGAAGUAUAUCAUCACUUUAUCAAUCAAAAGCCUUCAUUUCCUGGCGCCGCCACUGUGUGUGCUGCUUGUCCGAGUAGAGGUUCGUGGGCACAAUGUACGUCGAUGCCGGUGACUCUCCAAGAUGGUGGCUUUCUCUGGACCAGAGUCCCGCCACCCACUCGCUAUGUCCCGUCGGCAUUCGAGGGUGGUUGAUGCGUCGGCAAGGGAAGUCCGGUUGAAGUUGUUGCUCUUCGGGGUGAUUGGCCUUGGUAGAGACGCGGCUUCAAUACUCUCGUUGUGUUUGUAAUGUGUGCGGUGUCUUUUUUCGGAUUAGCUCCGGUGUGAUAUUUGCACUGCACAUAUUGUUCGCAGCGAGAGGUAGCCUUUUCUAAUUGUUCUCUGUCUUCUAUGAAAAUACGGUACUCCGUACGUCUUUGGCGUACUCUCUCAAAAAAAAAAAGUGAAAGAGCACACGUCCACUCGAGAAAAGAAAAAACAAGACAGCGCGCGCAUGCACGAGCACGAACAGAAGACCCGGCCAACGCAAGCUCUGAAACCUCUCUUGUCUCCUGGUCUUGCAUGCACGAUCACACGUACACUCCUCUCCGACAAAAGUGGCGAUCGGCGGGUGUGCCUCCGACCACUAGCUACUACCUGCAUGUCUGUCUCGAUCUGCGCUACACCAAUCGCCAUGAAACAUCCUCUCAUAGGUUUCUUCACCAGCUAGCUAGAAUCACAAGACCUGAUCGAUCGAGUUGGCCGGCCACCGGAAGGAACCAACCGAUCGAUGGGCAAGACGAGCACCGUGUCGUCGUGGCUGUGCUGCCCGUGCCGGUGUCUCUUCUGCGGGCUGCUUAGCUGCAUCUUCAGCGUCGUCGCCACCAUCCUCGUCAUCGCCGGCGUCGUCGUGCUCGCGCUCUAUCUCCUCUUCCGACCGCACCUCAUCCAAGCCACCAUCGCGUCCGCCGACCUCGCCGACUUUACCCUCACCCCGAGCACCUGGAUCCUCCGCUACAACCUCUCUGUCGCGCUCUCCGUGCGCAACCCUAACUCCCGGAUCGCCAUCCACUACCAGUCCGUCGUCGCCGAGGCCUACUACCAGGGCCAGAGCUUCGCCCGCGCCGACCACCCGGACUUCUACCAGGACACCGGCGAGACCACCGUCGUGCCGCUGGCCUUCGCGGGCGAUCACCCGCUCGAGGGCGGGGUCGCCGCCGCGGGGUUCCGCAAGGAGGCCAUCGACCACGCCUCCUUCUCAGUCGACAUCAAGCUCAGCGCCAAGAUGAAGCUCAAGGUGUGGGCCUUCAGGGUGCCGGGGCCAAAGCCCAAGGUUGACUGCCCUCUCAUGCUCCACCGACGGAACGCCUCCGCCUCCGCACCCGCCGGCGACGGCCAGCCGGAGUUCCACCCCAUCGAAUGCCGCGUCUGGUUCUGAUUGAUUCAGGCGAUUCAGAUCGCCAAUUGAUUAAAUGUUGUUAGUUAAUUAAAUCUCUAGUAGUUAGAUCUGCAUAGUCUACCACUCUCCCAUGCAUCUUGAUUAAUUAAUCACCUUUGUUGACAAUUAAGCAUGUUUCCCUGAUCGCUUAAUCUGUAGUAAGUAUAAAUUUGGAUCAGUUUCAUAAAAAUUGAUCUCUUCGCCA